GAUAAGAAUCGUUUGCGUGUGAAGAUAGCUCUAACAACAACAAUGGAGGUAUGUAUGUCUCUGAAACGACACGCACUGGUUCCAACGCCUUCCAUCAACUCCAAGAAUUUAAGAACAAUAGAUGAUUCACACUUAAUCAGACACUCGUUUUCUUCAUCGCAAAUUCAACGCAAGCAGCAAUUAAAUCAUGGAAAGAGAUUAAUGGUGGUUGAAGCUAAAGGGAAAAGAGGAAUGCAAGCUCGUCAGUUCCAACGCCCAAUGCCUGCUAUGCCCAAAAUUGAAGACGAUGGAAACCCUAGAUUCGUUAUCUUCAUUCGUAUGGCCAAUGUUUAUCUAUGGUACCCUGUUAGUAUCGUAGCAGGUGGCACGACCGCAAAGAUCCUGGUUUCAGCUAAAGACAAUUUUGUCGGGAAAUAUAUUUACAAAGACACGCUAUCGAAAAAUAUUGCUGGAGUCAUUUACAAAGAUGAGAAGGAGGUUCAAAAGACAGCAAUUCGACAGCAUCGUGUAUUGCGUUCGGCUACAGAAUUCCGAUAUGGCUAUAAAAUUGUGGAGGGUACCAACUUAAGAGCAGCACUUGCAAGCAGUGAUGUGAUUGAGCUCCCAACAAGAGCCGAGAUGAAAACGGUAUUUGACAGAGUUCUAGAUUUCUUCGGGGAUGCCAAAGAGUCGUUUGGGAAAUUGACCGAUAUAAAGCCAACAUCCGAAACCGAGCCUGAGGAAAGUGCCAAUGACAAACCCAAGGUCAAAAGCUGAACCUGAAGCCGGAAGACGGAUAUAUGGAUUCACCAUACCAGCCUACAACCGAAAUACAAGAUGAGGUUUUGUACACAAAAAUUUACCGCACAUUUUUGCUUUAAAAAUCUACAUUCUAUAGACCGAUGCUUGCAAUUUAUUGUCAAUAGUACAUAAUUUUUCGUUCCCUUCAAAA